GCUCUCCCUCCACCCGAACUAGCCCGAUUACUGCCGACGACAAUGGACGGACGGGAGGGAUGCUGGCUGCUUCUGGUUCCUCGACGACGCUCUCCCCCCACCCCGGGCCCUGGCAACCCAGAAAGACAUGGACGGGAUCGCUACUACUACUACUACUACCCAGUACAUCGCUCACGAUGACACAAAUACCUGCCCUGUCGGUGCAGAUACCCACCUGUUUGCAUGUACCUCGCGUGGGGCCGUCAAGGUUCCCAAGGGUCCCUUUUGCCUCUAUACUACGCUUGUUCUCGGCUCUGCGCAUGCAUCAUUGCCAACCCAUGUCAUGUCACGGUUGCGCGCCAGCCAACCCCUCGACUCGCUCGUCUGUGCCGAGCUUGCGACAGUACUCGUCGAGGUCCAUCGCUUCUCUCUUGACCAUUGCACAGCGCCUACAUAUCACUUUCUCGUCACCCCAUCCCAAGUCGUCCGUCUUCCUCUCCCUCGUCUACUUCCUCUAGAACCUCGGCCUCUUUUCUUCAUUCACAACGCCCUCUCCCAGAGCAAUUGCCUUCCUCUUGAGGCUUCGAAGAUACCCCCCACCAACCCAAAUUCGUACAAGACGCUUACUCUAAACGUGCCGUCUCACGGCUAGAAACUUGUGAGCAUUCCUCUUUCACGUGAAAGCACCCCUGCCACGACCCGAGGUGCUUCCGUAGACCAGCCGCUGACCGUAGAC